AUGAGGUUCUCAAUCACACUCAUCGCUCUCGUCGCAUCUAUUCUCUCAGCCUCCACAGCUGCUCCACUUGAGCAACGCGGCCUCAUCCAGAAAGUCACCGACCCGCUCACCAAGGGACUCCAAGGCAUGGAGAACAUGGGUAAAGGCGGCGGAAAAGCAACCAAAGCUGCACCUUCAAAGGGCGCUAAAGGAAAGCGUCACGAAGAGCAGCAACACGGCCACGGCGAAAUGCAGGGCAAUAAGGCACCUUUCCACGGCCACGGAGGCCCUAUUGGAUCACCAGCUGGUCCACAUGGUGGUGAAGAUGGUCACGGUCACAGAAUCACUGCAGCCGAUGUCCACGGCGGUCACGAAGGCCACCACAAGCGUCAAGAUGACUUUGAAGCAAAGAAGCACGCCGUCGUUGAGCACAAGAAGGAGCAAGAGGAUCGCGAGCACGGUAGACGCUCAGGAUUCGGACAGGGAAAUGGCCACGGUGAAGAGCACAGACACGAGCAAGGCCACGGUCGCGAGCAUGGUGACAAACACGGUCACGGUGAGAAAGGCGGUCAUGGCGAUAACCACUGCCACAUGAGCCAUGAAGAGAUUGAACACGCUGUCCAAUCUGGUCAAUACCUCGAAUGCUUAUGGGGUGAAGAGAACUACGAACACGGCAAAGGUCAAGGUCAAGCUCAAUGGAAGAGAGAAACUGCUUGGGAGAAGGAGCAACAACAAUACCAGCAAGAGCAGCUCCAGCAAUCUAUCCAAACCCAACGUGAAAGAAUUCAGCAGCAGCAACAACAGCAAGCUCACCAAGGCGAUGAUCAUCAUGAUCACCACAAACGCGGCGGUGGUCACGGUCACGAGCAAGUUGAGGGUCAUGGUCACGACUACGGCCACGGUGAAGAACAUGGUCGCGAGCAUGGUCACGGCGAGAAAGGCGGUCAUGGCGAUAACCACUGCCACAUGAGCCAUGAAGAGAUUGAACACGCCGUCCAAUCUGGUCAAUACCUCGAGUGCUUAUGGGGUGAAGAGAACUACGAACACGGCAAAGGUCAAGGUCAAGCUCAAUGGAAGAGAGAAACUGCUUGGGAGAAGGAGCAACAACAAUACCAGCAAGAGCAGCUCCAGCAAUCUAUCCAAACCCAACGUGAACGUAUCCAACAACAAGAACACCAGCAAGCUCACCAAGGCGAUGAUCACCAUGAUCACCACAAGCGUGGCGAUGGUCACGAGCAAGGUCACGGUCGCGAGCAUGGUGACACACACGGUCACGGUGAGAAAGGCGGUCAUGGCGAUAACCACUGCCACAUGAGCCAUGAAGAGAUUGAACACGCUGUCCAAUCUGGUCAAUACCUCGAAUGCUUAUGGGGUGAAGAGAACUACGAACACGGCAAAGGUCAAGGUCAAGCUCAAUGGAAGAGAGAAACUGCUUGGGAGAAGGAGCAACAACAAUACCAGCAAGAGCAGCUCCAGCAAUCUAUCCAAACCCAACGUGAACGUAUCCAACAACAAGAACACCAGCAAGCUCACCAAGGCGAUGAUCACCAUGAUCACCACAAGCGUGGCGAUGGUCACGAGCAAGGUCAAGUUCAAGGUCAAGGUCAAGUUCAAGGUCAAGGUCAAGUUCAAGGUCAAGGUCAAGUUCAAGGUCAAGGUCAAGUUCAAGGUCAAGGUCAAGUUCAAGGUCAAGGUCAAGUUCAAGGUCAAGGUCAAGUUCAAGGUCAAGGUCAAGUUCAAGGUCAAGGUCAAGUUCAAGGUCAAGGUCAAGUUCAAGGUCAAGGUCAAGUUCAAGGUCAAGGUCAAGUUCAAGGUCAAUGGAAGAGACAUGAGCAAGAGCAAAAGCAUGGUCACGGUCACGACCACGGCCACGGUGAAGAACAUGGUCGCGAGCAUGGUCACGGCGAGAAAGGCGGUCAUGGCGAUAACCACUGCCACAUGAGCCAUGAAGAGAUUGAACACGCUGUCCAAUCUGGUCAAUACCUCGAAUGCUUAUGGGGUGAAGAGAACUACGAACACGGCAAAGGUCAAGGUCAAGCUCAAUGGAAGAGAGAAACUGCUUGGGAGAAGGAGCAACAACAAUACCAGCAAGAGCAGCUCCAGCAAUCUAUCCAAACCCAACGGGAAAGAAUUCAGCAGCAGCAACAACAAUAA